AUGGGCAAGUACUGCCGCCCCGUCGCUCUGUCCUCUCUCCUGCUGCUCAGCCUCUGCUGCCUGUCUCUGCUCCGGGCUGGCUCCGCCGCGUCCGUCACCGCCGGCGCCACCGACGGCAGCGAGCUCUGGGGAUACGUCGAAGUCCGGCCAAAGGCUCACCUCUUCUGGUGGUACUACAAGAGCCCGCAGAGGGUGUCCACGCCGUCAAAACCAUGGCCCACCGUCCUCUGGCUGCAGGGCGGCCCGGGAGCGUCCGGCGUCGGGAUCGGCAACUUCCUGGAGGUCGGGCCGCUGGACGUCGACCUCAACCCCCGCAACUCCACCUGGCUGCAGAAGGCCGACCUCAUCUUCGUGGACAACCCCGUGGGCGUCGGGUACAGCUACGUGGAGAACGCCAGCGAGCUGGUGACCAGCGACUGGCAGGCGGCCGCGGACGCCACGGCGCUCCUCAGGGCGCUAGCCACGGAGGUGCCCGCCCUGCGGGAGGGCAGCCCGCUGUUCCUCGUCGCCGAGUCCUAUGGCGGCAAGUACGCUGUCACGCUCGGCGUCUCCGCCGUCCGGGCCAUCCGCGCCGGCGAGCUCAACCUCACGCUCGCCGGCGUCGCGCUCGGUGACAGCUUCAUCUCGCCGGAGGACUUCGCGCUCUCCUACGCGCCGCUGCUGCUGGACGUGUCGAGGCUGGACGACAACGCCGGCGACGCCGCCAAAGGGAUGGCGGCGACCGUGAAGGAGCAGAUCGCUGCGGGGCAGUUCGCCGCCGCGUGGAAGUCGUGGACGGACUUGCUUUUGUUUAUCGAGUCGAAGAGCGCCAGCGUUGACACCUAUAACUUCUUGCUUGAAGCCGGCAUGGACCCGGUGUCAGCGGCCUCUUCGUCAUCGGUGGCGGCGGCGAGCAAUGCCCAGACAAUGAAGUACUCGACGUACCUCAGCCGCAAGGAGGCUACAUCUAGCCCCAACACCUUAAGCGGCAUCAUGAAUGGGGUCAUCAAGGAGAAGCUCAAAAUCAUCCCCAGUAACCUCACGUGGCAAGGGAUAUCUGAGCUGGUCUACAACGCGCUGGUCAAUGACUUCAUGAAGCCUAGGAUAGACGAGGUUGAUGAGUUGUUGUCUUACGGCGUGAAUGUGACAGUGUACAAUGGCCAGCUUGAUGUGAUCUGCUCGACGAUCGGCGCAGAAGCAUGGGUGCAGAAGCUCAAAUGGGAGGGGCUAAAGAACUUCACAAGACUGCCAAGGCAACCCCUGUACUGUGGGUCCUCCAAGGUCACCCAGGCCUUCGUCAGAUCCUACAAGAACUUGCAUUUCUACUGGAUCCUUCGAGCCGGACACUUUGUGCCUGCUGACCAGCCUUGCAUUGCACUGAGCAUGAUAGGUAGCAUAACCCAGUCUCCGGCAAGUUAG